AUAAACCUACAUAAGAAUCGCCUUAAUGCGCGGCCAUCACCAAUGUUUGGGACACUCGUAACGCUAAAAAGUGUUUAUAUAUUGUCGUUUAUGAAUAAUUCUGCAUUUCUAUAUUAGUUAGCAGUUUAUUAAAAUUGUAACAGAAACGUAAGUGUUACUGAUUUCGUCACUAACUUUAUAUAAAAACCGACAAUAAGAAAAAGAAAUAUUCCAGUGACUCUUUGAUCAUCGGAUUAAGUUUUAAAGUAUAUCUUUACGAUGUCAACGGAUUUCUAUAUACGAUAUUACGUUGGUCAUAAAGGAAAGUUCGGUCAUGAAUUUCUUGAAUUCGAAUUCAGGCCAGACGGUAAAUUACGAUAUGCGAAUAAUUCGAAUUACAAGAACGAUACAAUGAUUCGAAAAGAAGCGUACGUACAUCAGUGUGUUAUGGAGGAAUUGAAACGAAUCAUUCAAGACUCGGAAAUCAUGCAGGAAGAUGAUUCUUUGUGGCCGCAACCUGACCGCGUCGGGCGACAGGAAUUAGAAAUAGUAAUUGGAGAUGAACACAUAUCGUUUACAACUUCAAAAACUGGUUCUUUGUUAGAUGUAAAUCAAUCACGCGAUCCAGAAGGACUAAGAUGCUUCUAUUACCUUGUACAAGAUCUUAAGUGUUUAGUAUUUUCUCUAAUAGGACUUCAUUUUAAGAUUAAGCCUAUAUAAAUGCAUACAAUUCCUCUAUCAUCUACUUCAGGUUUAAAUAAAUGUAAUGUAUUUGACUAAGGAAAUAUAUGACGGUUUUUAAUUAUUUCAGUACCUUUUUUUUUAAAUUAUCUAUAACAUCAAGGUUUAGCAACAUAAACAUAUGAAAUCACAUAUAACAAUAGUUGUGCUAGAAUCUGAUUCAUACUUCUCUAUUGUAUGACUUUGUAUGAGUUGUGUGAGAAAAAUCUGUCCAUAAUGUAUAUUGUAAUAAAAAUAUAUUUGUAAAUGAUAGAAAGUAACUAUAAAUAUUGUAAGCAUUUAACAUUAUGCAUCAAUAUUAAAUAAUAAUUCCAGUUAACGCAGAAAAGACUAUU